CUCCUCUCUGCUAAAACUUUGCUUUACAAAAUUACAAGCAAAAGAUAAAACUUGGACGACGAUAAUUAAUUGAUGAACAGAUCAUGAGAACUUGUCAAGAAAGCCAGAGAGAGCUCAACUAAUUGAAGAACAGAAGACGAACAGGAUGAGGAACUGAAUGAUAUGGUCCUGUCCUCUGUGUUUCCAUGGCUGAGAGACACACCGAUCACGACCUCUCGUCCUAGCCACCUUCAGAUUCACUAUAAGCCUCCCAAAACCUCUCGAUUUAAAACUACGUACGUUGUUAUUGCACGGAGUUCAUCAUUCAUGGCCUUCUCCGUAGAAACCUCGUCUCUUUUCCCUUACCCCCUAUCCGCAAACCCUAAGAAAGUCUCCCAAAAUACCCUAAUCCCAUUCUUUGUCAAGCCUUGCCUUCAACCCCACGUUUCCAAAACCCUAGGUUUCUCCGUUUCCCGCAGAAUACGCCCACUUUCCCCUGUUUUCUCGUCGUUAACACAAGUGGCCAACGAAGACGGAGAGGACAAGCUUCACGAAGAAUGUGGAGUUGUCGGAAUCUACGGGGACCCUGAAGCUUCCCGUCUCUCUUACCUGGCUCUUCACGCGCUGCAACACCGCGGCCAAGAAGGAGCAGGAAUCGUAACCGUUAAUCAGAACGGUCUCGAAUCAAUCACAGGCGUCGGAUUAGUCUCGGACGUGUUUACCGAGUCGAAACUAAACAGUCUUCCUGGCGAUAUAGCGAUAGGCCAUGUCCGGUACUCAACUUCCGGAGCCUCAAUGCUCAAGAAUGUUCAGCCUUUCAUCGCUAGCUGCAAACUAGGAUCACUCGCAGUGGCGCACAAUGGUAAUUUCGUUAAUUACAAGCAACUGAAGACAGAGCUCGAGGAGAAGGGUUCGAUCUUCAUCACAAGUUCCGAUACUGAGCUCGUUCUUCACCUGAUCGCCAAAUCUAAGGCCAAGACGUUCCUUUUGAGGAUAAUCGACGCUUGCGAGAAGCUUCGGGGUGCUUACUCGAUGGUUUUCGUAUUUGAAGACAAGCUAAUAGCCGUCCGUGACCCGUUCGGGUUUAGACCACUUGUGAUGGGGAGAAGAAGCAACGGAGCAGUUGUUUUCGCAUCCGAGACUUGCGCAUUGGACCUGAUCGAUGCGAGUUACGAACGAGAAGUGUGCCCCGGGGAGAUUGUGGUCGUGGACAGAGAUGAUGGAGACAGCUCUGUGUUCAUGAUCCCUCACCCUGAGCCGAAACAGUGCGUUUUCGAGCACGGUUACUUCUCGCAGCCCAACUCAAUCGUCUUUGGCCGUUCUGUGUACGAAACCCGCCACAUGUACGGCGAGAUCUUAGCCACGGUGGCACCUGUCGACUGUGAUGUCGUAAUCGCAGUGCCAGACUCGGGGACAGUGGCCGCUCUUGGAUAUGCAGCCAAAGCUGGAGUGCCGUUCCAGAUUGGUCUUCUGAGGUCGCACUAUGCUAAGCGCACGUUUAUAGAGCCGACUCAGAAUAUCCGUGACUUUGCCGUGAAGACAAAGUUAUCUCCUGUCCGAGCAGUUCUUGAAGGGAAGCGUGUGGUGGUGGUGGACGACUCCAUUGUCCGAGGAACCACGAGUAUGAAGAUAGUUCGGCGGCUUAGAGACGCCGGAGCAAAGGAAGUUCAUAUGAGAAUCGCAUUGCCGCCGAUGAUAGCAUCGUGUUACUACGGAGUGGACACCCCGAGGAGCCAAGAGCUGAUCUCUAGUAAGAUGAGCGUUGAGGAGAUCCAGAAGUAUAUUAAUUGCGAUUCCCUUGCGUUUCUACCAUUAAAUAGCUUGAAACAAGUCUAUGGACCGGUCGAGUCACACAGCUAUUGCUACGCCUGCUUUACUAGCAAAUAUCCAUUGACCGCAACAGAGACUGAGGACAAGAUUACCGAGAGAGACUCAACGCUCUCUGAAUUG